UCUUUCACCGAUUGUACAGACAACGGUGCCUCGCGCGUUUACCAUUGCCAGUUUUGUUGUGGUCAUCGUUGAAGCCGCUGUUGCGCACGCCAUGGCAGCCGUCGUCGCGAGUGGUUAGAAUAUUGUUUAGUUUUUUGUCGUUAAUAAAAAAAGAAAUCUAUCGAAAAAAUGGAUAUUCAAUUCGAGGAUUUGACCUACAAGGUGAAACCGCCGCUUUGGGAUCGCAAAGGACACGUGAGAACUAUACUGAAGUCUGUCAAUGGACGGUUCGCGGCUGGUGAACUUUCGUGCAUUAUGGGACCAUCGGGGGCUGGAAAAAGCAGUCUGUUGAACACACUGUCCGGUUAUGUUCGUAAAGGCGUAAGCGGUUCCAUGAAAAUUAAUUCCCAAAUAAGAGACGAGAAACGGUUUCGGAAAAUGUCUUGUUACAUAAUGCAAGAAGACAAGAUCCAACCGAUGUUGACGCUCAACGAAGUAAUGAUGUUCGCCGCCGACCUUAAACUCUCCAGCAGUACAGUGACCAAAGAAAAACAAAUGAUCGUUAAUGAAAUCCAAAACGUCCUUGGGCUGUCUGAAGCAAAACACACAAGAACCGAGUGUUUGUCGGGAGGCCAAAGAAAACGGUUGUCUGUCGCCCUCGAACUCAUUAACAACCCCCCAAUAAUUUUUCUCGACGAACCCACCAGUGGUCUAGAUAACGUAUCCAGUACCUACUGUCUGCAACUUUUGCGCGGUUUGGCUCACCAGGGCCGUACCAUCGUGUGCACUAUCCACCAGCCUAGCGCUAGCAUGUUCCAGUUGUUUGACCACGUGUACGUGUUAUCUCAAGGCUACUGCGUGUACCAAGGUUCCACCGACCAACUAGUCCCAUUCCUGUCCACAGUCGGACUCCACUGUCCUCUGACUUACAACCCGGCCGACUUUAUCAUCGAAGUGACCGACGGCGAGGAACCGGAUAACAUAGCUAAGCUGUCCUCUGCCACGGUUAACGGCAAACUAUCGCUGUACAAAGCCAAACGCGUCAACAAUAGCUACUAUCCAGACGUGGAGAUCAACGGAGAAAUACACUUGCCGGAGCUUAACGGUAACGUGAGUGCCAGCAAAAUACUGCCAUUGCCAUCGAUCAACUACACCAGUUUGAGUGAACAAGAGAAAGACACGGCCGACACUUGGUGCAUCGACUUCCCGACUUCGGGUUGGUCGCAGUUUGUAACCCUUUGGAAACGGAUGAUUUUACAGUUGUACAGAAACAAGGUCGGUUUGAAUAUUCAAUUUUACCAUCAUCUCGUGUGCGGUCUAGCCGUCGGCAUAGUGUUUUACGGCAAAGCCAACGACGGUACUCAGUUCUUCAAUCAUAUGAAAUUCUGCAUGGGAAACAUACUGUUUCACACGUUCACGCAAUCCAUGGUCCAAGUGCUCGCAUUCCCGUCCGAAGUGAAACUACUCAAGCAAGAAUACUUCAACAGAUGGUACAGCCUGAGACCGUAUUACAUAGCGCUAACGCUGUCGAAAUUUCCGUCAAUCAUAUUUUUCAGCAGCAUAUACACCACGUGUGUGUAUUUCAUGUCCGGGUUGCCUCUAGAACUGCUGAGGUUCACACUGUUCAGCUCGAUUUGCUUACUCACCUGUUUCGUGGCCGAAGGAAUGGGAUUGCUGGUCGGAUCCAUUUUUAACGUCACGAACGGCAGCGCCGUGGGCCCGAUGAUGAUAGCGCCGUUUUUGGGAUUGGCCAUUUACGGUUUCGACUUUGCGCAUCAAGUGCCGUGGAUCAUGGAGGUGGUGAUGCAGGCCAGUUUCUUGCGGUGCGGCGUCAUCGGUCUCGUGCUGACCGUGUUCGGGUUGCACCGGCAGCCUCUCAACUGCCCCGGCAACUAUUGCCAUUUCCGCGACCCGAACAUCAUCAUCUACUACCUGAACCUGGACCGGAGCCAUCCGAUUUUCGAGGUCAUCAAGCUGUCCAUCAUGCUGGUGUUUUUCAGACUGCUCGCCUACUUCGCCCUCCGGAUAAGGGUGAACGUUUAGCGUGUAAAACCUUUUUUUUUUCGUUUGAAGAAACGUUGUUUCGUACAAUUUACAUUUAUUUUUUUUAUUUUUCCAAAAUAUAUAUUAUGUUACCUAUAAAAAAAAUAUACAUAUAUAUAUAUAUGUGGCUUGGAGCAAGAAGGGCCAAAGUCAAUUUUGUGUGCAUUAACGAGUUUGUCCGCUAGUUGCAAAAAUUGAAUCAUUCUUUAUACACUGUGAAAAAAUCACACUCUGAGCCGAAAAAAUUGAAUUACUCGUGAAGAGUUUGAUAAAAAAAUUAACAUAGAGCUCAAUGGAAAAUAAAAACUUCAAAGCUCAUUUUUCGAAAGUCGCAAAAAGUGACAUUGGCCCUUCUUGCUCCAAGCCACACAAUUAUAUAUGUAGGUACGCUAAUUUAUCGUCGAGCCUAGUGGUCGGAUCGUAACAACAGCAGCAGCUUUAUACCGAAUAUAUAUAUUUUUUUUUACAUAAACCCAUUGAUUAGAGAUUAAGUUAUUUUCUAAUAUAUGUAAAUAUACCGUAUAAUAUUUAAUAUUAUUGUCGUCCGAUUGUCUCUUGUUGAUGUGCCAAAUUUAAUAUACAACGGGAGUUUUCGUUUUGUGUUGUA